CACACCAAAACUGCAUCGUGACAUUAUCACGUUUGAAACAUAAGAACAAUAGAUUACCUUUCUUCACUUACAUUUUAAACCUGUACUUUUGACCUGUACUUUCCUUACAUACACAUUUGUACAUGUAGGCUUCAUAAUACACACUGACAACAUUAAAAAUAUAAUUUCGAAAAUUAACUUAAUGACUGAUAAUUGCGUUACGUUCAUUCUGCGCUUCUCCAUACAACUUCAUGCAGGUUAGCUCUGUAUUUACACCUCUGUGAAAAACAGAGGACAUAAAGCCAACCAAUCACGGAACGUCUACAGGUUGAGAAACGCCCACUUUUAGUCUUUAGAGACCCCGGUCUCCUCCUGUCAGUCAGUACUUGAGGCUGAAUUAUCUUGCAGACUAGAAGAAGAGGAGGAUGUGCUUCAUCUUUGUGACUCUGAACUAGUAGGGCACGUUUGUCAGAAAACAGCUCAAGGCUUCCUAGCGGCACAACUUUACCAGCAUAAACACUUUGCAUCCCUUGGACAGCGGAGCGAGAUCUUCUGUCCUCUCAACAGUCAUGGAUGAUUCAGAUGUUCUUGUUACCAAAAUCAAUGAGUGGGUCGAUCUACAGAAAAGUUGUGCAAAGAAGUUGAGCAGACUGUCGGAUGAGCUGGAAGAAGCUGUGAAGGCUGCCAAUGUGACCAAAGUUGUUGGCAGCUCAGUGUCGGUAGGGGGAGCAGCUGCCAUGACUGCGGCAGGAGUGUUAACGGUUCUGACCGGAGGAAUAGCGCUGCCUGUUCUGGCUACAGUGGGAGCAGUUGGGGCUGUGGCUUCAGGGACCAGUCUGCUGACCAGCGUCGGUUCUGAGGCUUACAGCGCCAGCAAGACCAAAGACAUCAUGAACGAAGCCAAACAGAUACUGGACAAGCUACAGAGUCUGGAACAAGAAAUAAAAGACCUCAUGAAGCCUCUGAAGUCAGUGCAAGGUCAAGCCUCCAGUUCCUGUGAUGGCGAUGAUGAUGCCAACAUUAUGGAGGCACUCCUGAGAUCAGAGGCCAGACGACAUGGACUGAGUCUCUCCCACAGUGUCAGGAUCGGAAAGGUUUUCAGGCUUCCACAAUUCAACAUCUCCAGGAGGAUUAUGGCCAAUGAAGUUCUGCUGGCAGCAAGUGCCACCAUCAUUGUACAAGCUCUGCUCCUGGCGGCUCGACAGGGAGGCAAGAAAGUGGCUUCUUCUGUGGGGAAAAAAGCAGCAUCAGCAGCAGUUGGAUGUGCUGCAGGUGGAGCAGUUGGACUCUUGUUCUCUGUUCCUGAGCUGGUCAGUGACUGCCAGAACCUUGACAACAUUGAGACCGAAGCCAGUAAGACCCUGAGGGAAAAUGCCAAGGCCAUACGGAGAUCCGCUGAGGAGAUGGAGGAAGAGCUGCAGAAAAUAAGAGAAGCUCUUCAGAAGUUGGCCAGAAUUAAAUUUAUCAUCCAGAAGAAGGACAGGAGCCAAAAUGAGAAGAAAGAGUUAAUUGAGUAUGCAAUUAAACACGCUACUGAUCAGGUAGUUAAAGAGUGGCUGAUCCACAACGCAGAGUCCGUGGACUUCUUCAAUCUGGUAGAUCUUUUCUACUCUAUCCAACAAAGGCUGAAUGAGGAGGGGGAGAAGAAGAAGGAGAAAGAUCGGAAGAAGAAGAAGAUUGAGCUGGUCUUCUUAGCUCAUGGAGAGAUUGAGAACUUCAUGAUACCUGCCUUAUGUCUGCUGCCUCUGACGUCCAUCACAGACGUCCUGCUGUAUUCUCCCUGGAACUGCCUCCUGUUUCCUGAAGCAGCCUAUAGCAUCGCUACAGGAGCCAUCCAGCCUCACCACAGGCUGUUUGGGUGCGCCAAACAGCUAGAAUGCCCAUUUUCUCCUGAAGCUCAUACGACAUUCAAUCUGCCAAACUACUGGAACUCCAUGAGAAACACUGGACUUAUCCCUAAAAUCAUGGUGAGUCCUGUAGGAACGUCAAAUGAUAAGGCCUUUGAAUAUUUCAUUGCUCUAGAAAAUAAUUUUGGUGCACCAGCAGCCAACCGGUAUCUCAUCCCAUACCUUGCCCCAGGGUUUGGCAGAGUGCCCUUCUUUGUGGUCACCUUGGCCUCGUCUCUGGUGCUCUUUAUCUCAGGGUAUGAAGCCACCGUCCACCUGGCUGCUUGCCUGGGAAAAUCACCCAGUGGAACCAGGAUGGAGGAGAAUUAUCUGAAGUGGCAGUACGCCUACACCGUGGACAACACAGGCAUGACCGUUCUACCAGAAACAAUCCGCUCCACACACUCUCCAUUGUUUAAGAUGUUCAAGGCUGUUUUUGGUGACGUGUUUCCGUCUUUUAACGGCUGAUCCAGAAGAGGACAACAUCCUGGUAUAGAUCAGUUCAGACAGGUUAUAGGAAGUGAUUGCUUUAAAUACUCUUUGUUCAGUUUAUAGGGUUAAGUGCUCUGCUCGUUUCUUUAACUGUUGAACACAAAGUUAGCUUCCAGCAGUGAGCUUCUCUCCUGACUUCAGUGGCUUGAAGCCGUCUCUGUACCAGGGGUCAAAGGUGAGCUGUUCGGCUCAAACUGCAGAGUGAUGUUGGUCUCAUUGAUCAGGAUGAUCAUGUUCUCCUAAACACGACCCACAGAACUCUGCAGCAUCUGCUGGCCUCUGGAUCGCGACCACUGAGUUACAGCCGUUUGCUUUGCACCGAUGUUCUGAAACUGUCCUUCAGCAGCGAUGUAUCCAUCAAUAAAACUGUGGAGACAUUAAA